GAUACUUUUCUGGCCGAUCAGUCGUGCUUAAACUUCAACAGGUGUUAUAUCGAAUACGUUCUGAGACAAGCGGAUGCUUUAACCGCACACGAAAUAUCGCGUUCAUAUCAAACCAUUUGGAUUACUUCGCUUUAAACGAGAUUAACUCUUUUGGCGCAACCUUCAAACUUACGUUUGUUAACCCUAAGCCAUGCGUCGCCAGUUGAGACUGGUGUUGCUGCUGGUUGUCUCCCUGGUUUUGCUGCAAGGCGGCCAGUCAGCGAUACAGCAGCACGAAGAUGUGCUGAGCAAUGAGCUGAUUUCGGAGGAGGAGAACCUUUCCAAGCUGAUUAAGAUCUCCACACCCAAGGUGAAGGAGGCAGCCGUGGAUAGCACCACGAAGAGCGCCAAGAAAGCGGAGCGCAUACCCACCAAGCCCACAGAGGUGAGCGAUGAAACGCUGAAGGAUCUGCUGGAGGCCUCCAAGCACAGUCCUGCUCUGGCUGAGGAUUUGCGUUUCAACAAAAUGCUGCCCGAUCGCCUCAAGCAGGAGAAUGCCACCAGCACUCUAAGCAAGAGCAAGAACAGCACCGAGGAGAACUACGAAUAUGAUGACGAAUAUGAUUACGAUCUGGCAAACUAUGAUAGCUCUGAGCUGGAUGAGGAAACAACCAGCGUGCGUCCCAAGAAAGCGAAGGCUACCAAAGCCAAAACCACGACGCCGCUGCCUACGCCCAAGCUCAAGCCCAUUGAGGAAAGCACCUCGUCCAAGUCGAAGGCUAAGAAGAGCAAGGAUGUUGAAGGAAACAGCAUUGACAGCGACUAUGAGUAUGAUGAUGAUGAUGACGAUGACGAUGAUUCCGAUGAUGAGGAUGACGAGACAGACAAGCUGAUCGAUGAUGAGCAAGUGGUCUUCAGCGAGAAUGUGCCUUGUCCCAGAUACUGCUCCUGUUCGCGCAACAGCAACAGCUACUUGGUUGCCACUUGCAGCAGAUUGGAUCCGGGCACACAGAAGUUUGGCUCAGACAUUACAGACUUGGUGGUGACCAAUGUGGGUCCCAAGUAUCCCAUUUUCUUGGCACCCAACUACUUCACACAGCUGGGCUUGAAGUAUGUGGCCUCCAUUAAGAUUGCCAACUGCACCGUCGAGUAUAUGCAUCCGGAGGCGUUCAAGGGCUUGGACGAGCUCUAUGCUGUCAACUUGACUAAUGUGGGCUUGGCCAUCCUCAACCCCGAUACCUUUGCUUUGAACAAGAAGCUGCGCAUGCUCACCAUCUCCGGUAAUGAUUUGAACGUCAUGUCCAAUCUGCAGUACCUGCUGAAGUCCUCCAGCAUUGAGGAGCUGGACUUGUCGCGCAACAAUCUGCUCGAGCUGAGCCGCAACGCCUUUAGCAAACUGACCAACAUUGUGUUUAUCAAUUUGUCCCAAAACGGUUUGACCAAGCUGCCCGCCAAGGUCUUCGAGUCCGUUGAGUCCAUUGAGGAACUGGAUCUGUCCUACAACUCGCUCAAAGAGCUGCCUGCCAAUAUUUUCAAUCACACCACGCUGUCCAUUUUGCAUUUGAAGUACAACGCCUUCAGCGGUGACUUGGGCUUCGGCAUCAAGGAGCUGCAGCAGCUGGACUUGAGCUACAAUGCAAUUACCCAUGUGCAUCACAGCAUGUUCGAGAAGAUGCCCGGUCUGACCAAUCUUAAUCUUAAGGGCAAUGGCAUUACCAAAAUCCAGCCAGACUCUUUCCUCACGCUCAAGAGCCUGCGCCACAUUGAUCUGUCCAUGAACGAGCUGGACCAGGUGUCCAGCAUGCUGUUCUUCAAGAACUCCGAGUUGGAUGUCAUACGCUUGAAUGACAAUCCACGUCUGUCCCAGCUGCCCACUGACGGCUUCCUUAGCCACAAUGGCUACUUCACCGUCUACUACAUGGAUUUGUCCAACUGCGCUGUGGGCGCCUUGGGCCACAAGACCUUCUCCACCAUGCCACAUCUGACAACGCUCAAGCUGGCUUGGAAUAAUAUUAACAAUCUGCCACGCGAUACGUUUGUUAAUCUCACCAAGCUUAUCGAUUUGGAUCUGAGCAACAAUUUGAUUGUCAAGCUGGAUGAGCUCAUCUUCAUGGAGACCAACGAAAUUACCAAACUAAAUCUGGCCGGCAAUCCCAUUAGCCAUAUUUCUGUGCGUCUCUUCCUGCCCUUGCACCAGCUCCGCGAUCUGGAUGUGAGCGACUGUGAGCUGACUGAACUGCUGGCCGACAAGCAGCUCGGCACGGACUACAAGUUCUUUGAGACUCUGCGCGCAUUCAACGCCUCCGGCAACUGGAUUACCAAAAUCUCAGCUGAUGAUGUGAAGAGCUUCAAGAAUCUGCGCUCGCUGGAUGUUAAUCUGAACCCACUGCAUUGCGAUGAUCACUUCCAGCAGUUCAUCAGUCAUAUGUCGAUGUCGCAGACCUUGCCCAAGAAGAUGCCCGUGCUGGCCCAUUUGGAAGACGAUGCUUCGAUCAUUGAGAUCAAGACCCUGGCUGGUUGGUCUCAGUUGGCGCAUGAGGUGUGCAAGCAUAACAGCAGCAUUGAUGCUGAGGAUGAUGUGGAGAAGCGCAUUGAGGAGCGUGAGAAGAAACUGGAUGAGGAUGAGAAGAAGCUGCUUAGUGUGCUGGACAAGAGUGUGUUGGACAAGAGCAAGCUUAGCAGCAUGCAGAAGAUACUGAAGGGUUCGGCCAAUGCUGAGAAGGAGAGCAAAAAGAGCAAGAUUGAGGAUUCUGACUCGGACUCCGACUCUGAUUCAAGCGAAAGUGCUGAGGAGGACUUGAACAAUGGUGGCGAGGCUAAGGAGACAGACAAGGAUAAGGACAAGGACAAGGAGUAUGAUGCUGACAAUGACAGCGAAUAUGACGACAGCGACGACGAUGAUGAUGAUGAUGACGAUGACGAUGACGACGACGAUAAGGAUGACAAGAAGAAGGAAAAAUCAGAGCGCAAGAGCGACGAUGCCUUUAAUAAGUUCUUGAAGAACCAUGGCCUCAAUGUUGAGAAGGUCGACAUAUUGGAGGAAACACGCGAUAAAUUCUUGCUGGAUAAACUGGGCGCCACUAGCGACGAAGGCAAUAGCGAUGAAGAGGAGAUUAUCAUUGAGCGCGGACACAUCUACUACGAUAGCUCCGCCUAUAUUCUGCCAGCCGUAAUUGUCAUCAGCUGCCUGCUGAUCAUAGUGCUGGGACUCAUCAAGCUGGUGAUGAUGGUGCUGCGCAAGCGCGGCGAACGCUAUCGCAUGGCCAUACUGGCGUCGAAGAACUCUUUUGUCUACCAGAAGCUCAGCGAAGAUAUUGCCAAGCCUGCAGCCAGCAAGGAACCAAAGCAACCAAAGGUGCAUCGCUACGCGCCACUCAAUCAGGUCUAAGUAGGACCAAGCUUAGCGCGAGGCGGCAGCUCCAAAGUGUCUUUGGCAAGUCGAAGCAGUUAGCAGAGAGCGGUUCUGGGCGAGAGUCGGUCGAGUCGAGUUGUGUUGCGCUGUUUUUUUAAUUUAUAAGUUAAUCUAUAGUUGAAACACGUGGAAAUUUCAAAAGCAACAACAAAAUCAAGCAAACAAACAGAUUAUCAAAUACAAACAACAUUUGUAUGAGUAUUAGCAGAAACAAAACAAAACAAAACAAAAAAAAACAACUGAUAAAAGACAAACAAAAUACUGGGGCUAUACACCCCCCAAUAUACAUAAACAUUGUACUUACUACCGAUCUAGCAAAUAGUUAUUGUUGUAAAAGAGAGAAAACAAAACA